AUGGCACGUGGAGGAGGAGGAGGGAGGCUGCUGAAGGAUAGCAAGAUCGCGAUUGGAGUGUCGGACGAUGUUUUGGACAAGGUGGGAGAGAGGAUGCAGAAGAUGGAGCUCAAGGCUGGCGACGUCCUGGUGAAGGAGGGACAACCGAUGCCGGGCUUAUUCUGCAUCGAAACCGGGAUGCUCGAGCGCGUGAAAAGUCACUCCGGCACCGCCGCCGGCGAGGAGUUCUUGUUGGACACCAAGGAGGCGGGAUCUGUAACGGGGCUCCUGCAUGUCCUCAAGUCCGGAAAAGCGGAUCCGGCCUUUGCCACGAUCAAGGCUCGCGGCGAGUCCACGGUGUGGUGCCUGAGCAGAGACGACCUUGAGACCGAACUCAGGGGUAGACCGGACUUCGCCAUGGGUCUCCUGGGGAAGCUGGCUGAACAAAUGCGCGGGCAAUCAAAGGUAGUAGCCCACCUGAAGAGCAAAGCCGGGGCGACCGGCAGCGGAGGAGAGCGGUUCGAAGGUGUGAGGGUGAUGUGCUACGACUCGUCGGGGUGGGUGAGGAAGAACUUCCAAGCCAAGGUCGACAAGCACAACGAGGCAGCGAGCCCGAGCGAGAGGAUCUUGGUCGAUUUCACGUCGGACACCCUUAGCUCCUCUUCAGCUUCUGCCGCCGUCGGUUACGAUGUGGUUUGCCUGUUCGUCAACGACGUGGCGGACGGGAAAGUUCUCCAGACUCUCGGCAUGCUGGGCGUCGGCAUGGUGGCUCUACGAUGCGCCGGGUUCGAUAGGGUGGACGUGGACGCCGCUCAGGCCCUUGGUUUGACUGUUGCGAGGGUGCCGGCCUACAGCCCCUACGCCGUGGCGGAACACGCCGUCGCCCUGCUGAUGGCGCUCAACCGGCAGACGUCCCGGGCUUCCGCUCGCACCCACGACGCCAACUUUUCGCUCGACGGCCUGUGCGGCUUCGACGUUCACGGCAAGACCGUUGCCGUAAUCGGCUGCGGGAGGAUCGGCCAAUGCUUGAGCAACAUCUUGCUCGGGUUCGGGGUGAAGCUCUUGUGCGUCGACGCGUUUGGGGAGGUCCCGGACCUAGUGAAGCGGGGGGCCACGUUCGUCGCGUUGGAAGAGGUAUGGCCGGAAGCCGACGUGGUGUUCUUGCAGGUGCCACUGCUUCCGUCGACUCGUCACAUGAUCAACGACGACGUCUUGCCCAAGCUCAAGAAGGGAAUGACCCUCAUCAACACUUCCAGAGGAGGUCUGGUGGACACCGAAACUCUCAUCAAGGGCCUCAGAUCAGGGGUCAUCCGCCAGGCUGGUCUGGACGUGUACGAGAACGAGGCGCCUUACUUCUUCAAGGACUGCAGCGAUACCCCGGUUCAGGACCCCCUUCUCUCGGAGCUACUGAGCUUCAACAACGUGCUUCUGACGGGCCACCAGGCGUUCUUCACACAGGAGGCGAUCGACGGCAUUGUCAACACCACCUUCGAUAACAUAUCGGACUGGCGCAGCGGUAGCAAGGGCAAGGCUCACAAGAACUCAAUCUUCUAAGCAGCAUCACAUGCGAUGCCCAGGCGACGUCCGCCUUAUCGCGCAUGAGUCUCCUAACCCCCAAGCGGCAUGGCGAGGGACGCACAACGGCUGAAGAUCUGAAGAUCUACAUUAGAAUGCUACAGGCGAAAUGGCAGAAGACGUGAUGCCAUUGCCUCGAACGAUGAUGAUUUGUAUUGCGUAUCGUGUUGAUCGUUUCAUGUCUAUUGCUUGGUUCACGAAGUUUUGGUGUCUGGAGACCACUCCGAAACCCUGAUCGAUUGGUGCUGGUUCUCCAAAUUUGUCAUGUUUUAUUCGCGUGUUUUUGGUGCACCACGGAGGGUCGUUUUUUUUGUGCCGCCCUCUCCAACCAUAGUAAGUGGAUAGGAGUCUGGAGCUUCUGCCGGCCGUUCUUGGAAACCGAU